CAAGCAGGGCAGCCUCGCCCAGGGAGUUCUCGCCUUGGUGGUCGGUGUUUUUGUGUCUCUGGCGGGCGCCGCCAUGUCUCCGCCCGAGAUCACUGUCGCCUGCCACAGUCUGGCCCGCAUGGCGUGUAGGUCAAAAGAAAAACCCCAGCCCCGUUCCUUAUCUUGGCCUCACUGGACCCCCCUGGGCACCGGGUGCCCAUGAUCUGUCCCCAUGGGGUGCUCAUCCCCACGUUUGCCCUACCGAACCCUCUUUCGAAGCACCCACAACAAGAAUGUACGACUGACGUUGUUGUUUUAGUCGACCUGAAGGAUCUCGUCAAUGUGGUCGUGGCGAAGAAAAACCCUGGGCCCUUCCAGGAUAUCCUUGAUGAGUUCAGCGACAUCUCCGAUUCGUGCCUGUCCAACAUCUCGGUCAUGAUUCGAUCGUCGGUUGUCACCGAAUACCACGAUCAGCAGUUGAUCUACGAGGGCUAUUCCAACCUCGUCCAAGGAAUUUUCGAAUUAAUGGACGCCGUCAGCGAAUCCGCACCGGUCCUGAUCGUUCUCGACAAGCAAGCCGAAUUUCGUGUUCCCGCCGCCGUCCGCGAGAUGGCCGGCGUGAUCGACGCCUUGCUGAUGCAGGUCAUGGCCGUCUUCCCGACCAACACCUCCUACAGCUCGCAGACCGCCAACCAGAGGGCCCAAGUCGAUACCCACUUCAGAGCAGCCGUCCACUCCUUCCACCUUGCCACUGCCAACACCGGCUCUCCGUAUUCAAACACUACCACUGUUUGAGCGGUGCCCUGUUAUCAAUGACUAAGCCAAUACUAGUAUCUUUGUGUACCUUAAUCAAACGUCGAGCUG